AUGACCAUAAGGUCUACGGGCGGAUGGAGAAACUUGGGCUCAAGCCUCCCAGCCUACACCCGCAGACCCCUGCAACCGGUGCUUUUGUCUUCUCCGGCCAUGGCUUCCUUUCGCUCAACCGUGGUAGUGCUGUUGCAGCUUUUGCUGGCCAGGGCCGACAACUACGACAAUGCCAUCGUUGGCAGCUUCGCCCCAUACCCGGGUUACGCUGGAUCCUUAGCCGUGGAGGGCAUCAUGGCCGUCGUCUCCUCCGGGGAUACGCAGACCCUGUCCUGGAAGCUUUCGGGCCUGGACACCCGGUGCAACGAGACCUGCACCGCCGCGAAUUGCUGUGGCGUCCACAUUCACGAGGGCAAGACGUGCUCUGAUGCCAGCAGCAUCGGAGGCCACUACUGGACUACGAACGGCACAGACCCCUGGCUGACGGUCAUGUACAACACCACGAGCAUGCCGGCGCUGGAGACCAACCUGGCUGUCGUAACUGGCGCAUCGGGCGCGGAUGUCUCCGGCCGUGCGAUGGUGAUCCACGACUAUGACGGCGGCCGGAUCGCCUGCGGGCUCAUUGACGAGGGCUCCACAGACAGCUUUGCUGCCUAUCCUGGCUACACCGGCAACCUUGCCACUGCCGGCGUCAUGAAGGUGAGCUCCAAGGACGUCACACAGAGCUUGUCCUGGAUUUUCACAGCCGGGCUGGACACGCGAUGCAGCGACGCCUGCACUGCAGCAAACUGCUGUGGAGUCCACAUCCACGUAGGCAUGAACUGCUCAGACAAGGACACCAUCGGCGGCCACUAUUGGAACUCCACCUAUGUGACCGCCGACCCCUGGGCCAUGAUCAUGUACAACACCAGCCACAUGCCCUCGGUGAUGAUGGACGUCAUGGUGCCCACAGGCUAUGAGGAGGAUGACGUGGAAGACCAUACCAUGAUCAUCCACGACUUCGACGGUGGCCGCAUCGCUUGUGCCACGAUCUCGGAGAUCCAUGACGGGAUGUGGACCGUCACCACGACAACGACCACCACGGUCGCAGCCAGCCCGAUCUCUUCAAGCGUUGCCGCCAAGAUCAGUCUUGCUGUGGGCACUGCCGUCCUGACGAGCCUUGCCUAG